GUGGUAUGUCAUAAUAAUAUCAUUGUGUAAACAGUGAUCCAGGUCAUCAGGAAAAUUAACGGUCUAUUUAGGACACCAUGUCACACCAAGUUACCUUUGAGUGAUGAGUUCACAGUCAGGAGACUGGUUGAAGUGACUCGUUUCUUCGUGGUGAAAAUUCUUUAUUAUAGGUUUUUCAAAAUAGUAGUUCCUAAAAACUGACAGUAUUGCACUGCAUGUUCUGCCACAAUGGGCUUCGUGGAAUCAAUCCAUAUCGUAGUCACAAAAGCAUUCGUUUACAUAUUUUGUGUACCUGGUUUUAAAGAAGUCUGAUGUCUUUAAUCAUUUUUUGCCAUCAAACUGGACAGAAGCCUGCUAGUUGAAGGAUUGAUUUGUAGACCAGAUGGACAAUUGAAAUAAUGUCUUAUUGGAAGAAGACACAGGAAUCCAGUUUUAUCAGAGGCAAUAUAUAUAAUGCAUCUGGAGAUAUGGGACAGCGCGAGGAGGUAGCACAACAAGCAGGACGUCUCCUUUACCAUGGUUCAGCACCAUACAAUUAUAACAGACCCAACUCUUAUGCUAAUGGAGGUACUGCACCAACAUAUGGCUCCACAACAUUAUCAUCAUCAGUGGCCUACGAGACCAAUCCCUGUCCAUGUUGUAAACCUAUGUCCACCAGUCGGAGGGCGUUUUGUAUCAUGGUCACUUUUGAUGUCUUGUUGCUGUUUGUGCUGUGGAUUUUAUAUACUCAGCUGUCUACAUAUGCAGGGACUUUUUCAAAGCGUUUUAUGAAAGAAGUGGAGGGAUAUGAUUUUAAGCAGUCAUUAUUUGACAUUCCUUUGUUAUCGUUUUGGCGUUUUCUAGUCCUCAUCUUUUCAUAUGCUGCACUGAAUAUGAGAAACCCAUGGCUGGUGGCAUUAACAACAUUUGGCACCUGUGUAUUUCUGCUGAUAAAAGUGUUCAUGUUCAAUUUUGAUGAAGAUCUAGCCAGUGGACAGAACACACUGGACUACGUUCUUAUCAUAAUUUCCUUUGUGGUGGCCUGGGUAGAAUGCUGGUUUCUGGACUUCAGGGUUUUACCUGAGGAAAAGCGAGCUGAGAUUGAAGCAAGAGGUGCUGUACUAGAUGAGAGAACGUCUCUCCUGGGUCGUGGCGACCACAGAAGUAUAGGUGGCACUGAAACUAAUGACCAGUACUAUUCUCCAUAUCAUACCCCGCAUGAUUCAGAUGAUGAAGAAGGCAGUAAAAGGUACCAUUCAAUACCACCGUCAUCGGUCAACAGCAGAGCUUCAAGUAGAAAUUCCAACCAGCUUUCGUUAGGAUCACAGGAACAAGAGUACCAGAGAUUAGCUGGAGGCCUUUUUGCCACGGCGAUGCAGUUAUAUGAGAAUGAGGAAGGAUGGAAGCUGGAUAAUGGAGAUGAGAAGGACCUUUCCUCGGGUUGUGUCUACAGUAAACAACUUCCCGAAUUGGGAGGAAAAUUUUUCAAGCUCAAAGGUGUAGUUAAUACCACUCCACAGAAAGGUUUUGAAGAAAUAUAUUUUAACACAGAAGAUUCACCUGCGUGGAAUCCAACAGUUUUGGAAAGCAAGAUUCUGCAGGUAAUAGACGAGCACACAGAUGUGUUGUACAAUAUAGCAGCCGAGGCAGCUGGGGGCAUGGUGUCGGCCAGGGACUUUGUCAACUUACGAUGUUGGAAAGAGAUGAAUGGCAUGAUGAUUUCAGUCUCCAAGGGGGUGACCCACCCAGACAUGCCAGAGCAGAAAAAAUACGUAAGAGGUGAAAAUGGUCCAGGGUGCUGGGUGUUCAAAGCAGUCCCUGGGGACCCAAAUAAAAGUGAAUUUGUCUGGAUAGUUAAUACAAAUCUCAAGGGUUGGUUACCUACCUACUUAAUAGACCAGGCUAUGUCAGGGGUCCUAAUGGAUUUCUUUAAGUACUUCAAUCAACGGAUUAACUAUCUGAACACGCUAGAAUCAUAGCAUAUAUAUUUUUAUUGGACUGCUUUCACAGUGCUGCAAGGAUUAGCUCAUGAAAGUCAAGAAAAUCUUUGAAGAGUUGAUAUAUGUAUAUUUUAUCAAUAUUUCUGUUUCAAAUUUCUAUCUUCAAUCAUGGUCAUUUUUUAAGUAGUUGAACUGUAUAUUUAAAGUGAAAUUGUCAAAGGUGACAGAUGUUGCUCACUAAUUAUUUUCUUUUCUUUGCUAUGUUCACUGUGGUAUAACUACAUGAAAGCAGAGCCAACUAAUCCGCUGCUGGUCUCCCUGCCGUCGCACACCCCAUUAAACAGAUUUAAUCAAGGCUCUGAGGUUUAAUUGCUAGACCUCUGCAGGGA